AUGCAUGCCUCCUCCUCCCGAGAACUGGCCCUUAACCCUCUCAACUCCACGAGGGCGCCCAACUCUAGCAGCUCAAAUGAGGUCAACAUGUUCGACAAGUUUAUCCAUAUGGACCAAGAACUUUACCAAGACUUUUACAGCCUGUGGAUAGCCCUGAUGGCGGUCAAUGCCAUCAUUUUCCUGGUGGGCGUUGUGCUGAACAGCUUAGCUCUCUACGUGUUCUGCUUCCGCACCAAGACGAAAACCACCUCUGUCAUCUACACCAUCAACCUGAUCGUUACUGAUCUACUGGUGGGCUUCUCCUUGCCCACCCGAAUCAUCAUGUACUACACUGCAGGGGACUGCCUGAAGUGUUCCUUUGUUCACAUCUUUGGCUACUUCGUCAACAUGUACUGCAGCAUUCUCUUCUUGACGUGCAUCUGCAUCGACCGGUACCUGGCCAUUGUGCAGGUGGAAGCCUCACGUAAGUGGAGGAACCCCAGCUGUGCCAAGGGGAUCUGUGUCUUCAUCUGGGUCUUUGCAACUGUGGUCACUUUCUCCAUUCUGACCAUGGCGAUAACCUUUGCACCCUGCUGCCUCGCCAAGAUCUUUGCCCUGAUGGUCUGCGAGUAUUUCUUCCCGCUCAUCAUCAUCACCUUCUUCACCACUAGGAUCAUGUGUGCGCUAUCCAAGCCCAGCCUCAUGCACCAGAGCCGUGAGAGGCGAAUGAGGGCCGUUCAGCUCCUGACCACCGUCCUCAUCAUCUUCAUGAUCUGCUUUACACCUUUCCAUGUGCGCCAGGUGGCCAUUUCCAUCAACCCAGACAUUCCCCGUAACAUCAGCUUAAUUGUCUACCAUGUGACCGUGACUCUGAGUAGCCUCAACAGCUGCAUGGACCCCAUCGUCUACUGCUUUGUCACCAACAACUUCCAGUCGACCAUGAAAAGUAUCUUCAGGAAGUCGGAGCCUGAGCAGACAAGUGGGGACAUCAUCAGUAUGAACAAGAGCUCCAAGGGCUCAGGUACAAAUGCAAUCAUUGCCUUCUCAAACACAAUAGGCAGCCCUUUGAGCUUACCUUCAACAAACAGUACACAGAUAUAA